UUUCAAGUUCGAAACGACGUCUUUCAGUACGUUUUGACGUCAGGAUAUUUUGUUGUCAUACGGUAUCGGGAGUGAAAGCUUUUGCAGCAUGCCUGUUGUGUGAAAUAGUGUUUGUCAAGGAUAAUUCUAUCCUUUUUAAUUUAUAUUGUUGACUGCAAGUGACUGUAUAAAAAUGGUUCAGGAUUACGUGUCUCCUGUAAGGGUACACAAGUACUCCUUCGAAAUGGUGAUGGCUGCGUACGAGAGGCGGUUCCCGAGCUGCCCCCAGAUCCCGGUGGUGAUGGAGUGCGUCAUCACGGACGACAGCUGGUCUUCUGACAGCUCGCAGCGGCACACCACCAGGCGCUGUCAAUUGAACGUCGAAGCGCCAUAUUUAUUGAAAAAGAUGAUUGGAGUAGACUACGUCUACUUCAUACAGAAGAACCACCUGGACUUGAAGAACAGGGUUCUGGAGAUCGAGGCUACCAAUGAGACAUUCUCCACUAGAGUGGGGGUCGUUGAGAAGUGUCGGUACUAUGUACAUCCAGAGAACUCUGAGUGGACGUGCUUCGAACAGAGCGCAACACUCGACGUGAAGAAUUUCUUCGGACUGGAGAAUACAGUGGAGAAGAUUGCGAUGAAGCAAUACGCGGCGAAUAUAGCGAAAGGUAACAAUUUAUUAUUUAUAUUUCACAAAGUUAGGUGA